UUUUCAUUGAAUAUGGAACAAGGACAGAAUAAGUUUUGUGUCAACUUGUGUCGCUUAACUUAAAAAACGUCUUGGCAUGCAACGAUUUGGCAUGCUCAUUAAUAAUUUAUGAGAUUGGAGAUAAUAAAUUGUUGAGAUUUAUCCAAUCAGAGAAGAGUUUUUAUCAAGUCGAGAAAGUUCGUUUUGUACUGAUUGGUUGAAUUCUAGUCUAAUGCGAUCUUGAACGUUGCCACGUGCAGAAGUUUAGUUGAGUUGGAGACAGUAAACAAUUACAAGUCCAUUGACUAUUUCCAUUUGAAAUACGUUGUCUCGUGCAAAAGAUAUUUUGAAAAAGAGCAUUGGUGAAUUCGAUUGUCACGUAACACAUAUGCGGAAUAUGUGAUAUCUUUUGUUCAGUCUCUGGAUUUUCGGUAAAAACAAAGUUGACACACGAUGGUUGCUAGCAAAGAAGUUCUUCUAAAAGCCCAAGAGAUAAAGAGACGUUUGUUAAGUAAAGGAGAGCAUGCUGAAGAAUCGGUGAUAUGCGAGCUUUUAGAGAGUUUGGAUUCAAAUUUUAAAGGGAAUAAGAUAGAGCAUAUUAUUAACAUGAUCAUAGAUAAUCAAGAUUUUGAUGAUCAGACAUAUGAAACUGAUCAGACAUAUGAAAGCGAUCAGACAUAUGAAAACGAUCAGACAUAUGAAAACGAUCAGACAUAUGAAAAUGAUCAAACAUAUGAAAAUCAAGCAGGACCGUCUCAUGUAGAUACUACAUACUCGUCCAACACACAAAAUUCUUCUAUGGAUUAUAAAACAUACGAAGACUCAAAUCAUUUGUCCUCAGAGUCUGACGAUGAUAGAGACUUUUAUUAUUCUAAUAAUUCUGACACUGUCGAAAUUAUCGAUGAAGAAGUUUUGAAUUCAUCUCCACCUCCAGCAUCUCCUAUACUUCCAAUAUCUUCAUCUUUUCCUUCAGUUUCUUCCUCAGACCUGCCUGUUAGUAACCAAGAGGAAGCUACUAACAAUAACAAAGCUGAGAUUGUCAACAAUAAUACUUCGAAUGAGAUAGAAAUGGAAGAAAAUAAUAAUGAUGUUGUUUGUGUGACUUCGGUUUGCGAGACAAAGAGAGAGGCCGAGAGUCCAAAGCCAGGGUGUAGCAAAGAUCUGAUAAAUGACAUGUCUUCGGAGUCGGAUGACUUUUGCAAUACUUGCAAUUUUGAAGAUUUACAAAAAGACGCAAAGCAAAUACACAACAUUUUGCCCAGUUAUGAUUACUCUUUGAUUUAUGAGACAUUACUUAAGAAUCAGAAUGUAAUCAAUCGUAUUGAACUCACGCUGUGGGAUUUGUUACCUGAGAAAAGACCAGUGGCCAAAAUUUUGUGUUCCAAAGAAAAAUCUUUGGACAAGGUAGGUCCUGAUAACAGUAAUGAGAUUAAAGUUGCAGCAGAUACGGUGUCAGUUCCUGUUGCCAAAAAAGCAACAAAGAUCAAUGAUAUUAAUAUUGUGAAUACGGAAAUAACAAAAUUAAAAGAAAGGGUUAAUAACUUGAAAGAAAAGUAUAAUAUAUCAAAGAGAGUGCUUCAAGAGCAAGGACCGGACUCGACAAAACCCACGCUGAAGAAAUUGAGAUGUACUGCAAAUGACCUGGGUAUAUUACGACCUGCAAAGUUGACAUUUGAUAAUCCAAUACCAAUUCCAGCGCCGUUAGAUAAACAACAACAAUUAUUUUUGCCAACAUCUCUACCAUCUCAAAACCUAUCUCUACCUCAACCUUUGUCCCUAUCACAUAUACCAUCUUUAUCAUGUCUAUCAUCUCUACCUCCGCAACCGGAACAGAUGUUAAUCCCUUGUUUUUCUGAAAGAAAGUUCAAACAAGUUUUAUCACCUCCAAAAUUACACUUGCCAAAACAACCAGAUCAUGUUACUAGUACAUCAGCGAACACAUCAAAAGCAUUCGUUCCGUUGAAUCACAUAAAUACUAUGAUCUUUAUGAAUGAAUACAAGAAAAACGUUAUGGACAUUCUCGAAAAAAAACAGCCCGCUGCAGCGACUGCAAGUAACGAAACACUGUGCGAAACAAGAGAAGCUAUAUGGAAGCCAUAUUCCAUAGAAAACGGUUAUCUUCCGAGCAAAAAAAAAUCCGAAAAAAUCUUGAACCUAAAGACGGUUCCGAGAUCUCUAAAGCUCUCACCAUCUAAGAGAGCAAAAGAUAUGCCUAUCUUAAACGCUUCUCAUUCGUUUAAUAGUGAUAACGAGGUGCAUCAGGAAGAAAACAAUGUUGACGUACUAAAUAUUUCCGAUACGAAAGACAAGGAAAUUGUGCGUCACGAACAAACAAAUCAAGCGAAAAGAGAAAAUGCAGCAAGCACUAGCGCUUCAAAAGAAAUAGUAUUAGGUCAGAGAGCUUGCAAAAUUUAUUAUAAAUUAAUACCUAUGUUUCCAACCGUACAAACUGAAUACAUAAAACGUGUGUGUCAAGCUUACGAUGAAAAGGAUUUGCAGUUCGAUGAAACAUCAACAGUACAACGUUUAGUUGAACAUUUGCUCGAGUAUGGCAAAGAUUAUCCAAAUGUUAGAAAAGUUGAGCCCGUUGCGGCUCCCAACACUUACGAUUUGAACGAACAGUAUGCCGAUUUGUUGGGGAUAUUCCCGGAAGCUGAUCCGGGUUAUUUAAGAGAAAAAGCUGAACAGAUAUAUAACGAUCCGGAAAAAAUCAAAGAGUUUGUUCAGAACCAAUUGGAAAACCGAGAUUAUCCAACAAGACAGCAGUCUCUGACAAAGAAAAAGAUUACGGAUCAGGUGAAACAGUAUACCAUAGAUUUUCAAGUAGAGCGAUUCUUGGAGAUAUUUCCCGAUCCAUUUUCUUACUUUGAGGAUGAGAAGAGACAAUGCAAGUUUAAUCCUCACGGAGCGGAUUUUCUUAAGAAUCAUUUCAGUAAGAUACGGGUAAAUACAAUGUUAAAUAUAUAUACUCAGAAUAAGCACAACUUAAGUUUGACCGCGAAAGCUUUGGAACACUUGAAUCCUGAUAUGAAAACUAGACGAUACAGCAGUAACAGACACGUGCUGACUAUAGAUAUUCCUCUUUUGCAAGAAUGUGCCUUUAUACAGCACAAAGAAGAACUUAGGCUGUAUCUAGCACAAUUGAAAGAAAAAGAAGAAAAAGAAUUCAAUGAAAUGAAGGAAAAAAAAGAACUGCUCGAGUGUCAGUGUUGCUUCGACAACGAAUGCAUGCCAUCAAAAUGUUCCACGUGUGAAGAUGGCCAUAUCUUUUGCAAUACGUGCAUUAUCCGAAGCACGGAUGUGAUAUUAGCGGACGGCAAGACGCACGUUAACUGCUUAAUGAAUUGUGGCAGUGAAUUUCCAUUGGCCGUACUUCAACGAGUAUUGCAACCAACCAAAUUCAGCAUUCUUCUUUGUAAACGGCAAGAAGCGGAAGUGAUGGCCGCUGGAUUAGAAGGAUUGGUGUCCUGUCCGUUUUGUCACUUUGCAUCAAUACCGCCACUGGAAGAUAAGGUGUUCAAGUGUCUCAAUCCUGAUUGCAUGAAAGAGUCAUGUCGAUUAUGCAAGGAACUGAGUCAUAUACCUCUGAAAUGUAACGAAGUAAAAAAUACGGACGCCGCACGCUUGUACCUGGAAGAAAAAAUGACCGAAGCUCUGGUACGGAAGUGCUGGAAGUGCGGGCGAACAUUCUUCAAGGAAGAGGGAUGCAACAAGAUGUCCUGUAUGUGUGGCGCGCAAAUGUGUUAUAUUUGUGAUAAACCGGUAACCGAUUACAAGCACUUUCAAGGUCAAGGAGGAGCAGGAAACUUGUGUCCGUUGUGGAGUGAUGAUCGUCGUUUGAACGCCGAAUCGGUAAUUAAAGUAUGCAACGAGACACUGAAACAUAUUAAGGAGAAAAAUCCUCAAGUCGAUAUAAAUGUUACUGCCCUUCUGCCAAAGCUACCGCCCAAGAGAAGAGGUCCUCAUGAAGAAAUUGCUCGUGCUGAUAUACUCCCGGAACAUGCAAACAGGAUUGUGAGACAAAUUCCUUGACUCUAUUAAUAUUGAAAAAGAGAAAGGUACAUGGUAC